CCUUUAGGGUUCAGCAGCCGCAGAGAAUCCAAAUUUGAUAUAAAUCCAUCGUAAACUACUUUAGAGAUAACCUAAACCCGAUAUAAUUCUAUCAUCAUAUAUUGUGGUCGUCGCAGAUAAUCUAAAUCCGAUAUAAAUAUAUCAAAAACUUUAGCCCAGUCGCAAAGGAUCCAAAUCCGAUAAAAUUAUCUCAUCGCAUACCACAGUCGUAGAGGAUCCAAAUCCGAUAUAAAUAUAUAUCAAAAACCCAUCUUUUAGCCCUAAAAAAAUAAAACCUUUUCUUUUCUAUAUCUCAGAGUUCCUCUUCACUUUCCUCUGCAUAAUUUACCCAGAAAAAAAAAACCCUAAUUCCCAUCUGAAAAUUUGAUAAAAAUUCAAUUUUUUUCUCAUGGUGAAAAAUUCAACGAAGGAAGAAUGUCCACCGGACAAUCUCCGGUGCAGCCGUACCGACGGCCGACAAUGGCGGUGCAAACGUCGAGCGAUGGAAAACGUGAAGUUAUGCGAAGUUCAUCAUCUUCAACUUCAACAUCGACAGAAGAAAGUGAAGGUUCCAGAAUCGUUGAAGCUUCAGAGAAAUAUGAAGAUGAAGAAGAAGAAGAAGCAAAACGACGUCGUUGAAGUUGAAAUUAGGUCAAACAAGAAAAAGAAGAAAAGUAAGAAAAACGAUGUUGUUGAUGUGCAAUUGGAUUUGAUAAGAAUGGUGUUACAGAGAGAGGUUGAGAAGAAGAAGAAUCCGAAUAAGAAGAAUGUGAAGAAUGUUGAUGAAGAAUUGGAAUUGGUGAAAGUGAAUUAUAGUGAAGGUGAAUUGAGGAAAGAAUUACCUAAUGGGGUUAUGGAAAUUGCUCCUGUUUCAACUUCACAUCGUCGUGAUGAUGAUGAUGAUGUUGUUGAUUUUCACUGUAAUGGUAAAGCUGUUGUUACACCACCUUACUUCAGGUCCAAGAAUGUUGAUAGAAGGGUCCUUUCUGAUAAUUUUCAAGUUUUGAAGAAGUGUAGGAGGAAGAAGUGUCAUUGGUGUCAGAGUAGUGAUUCUUUGAAUUUGAUAAAGUGUAACAACUGCCAGAAAGAGUUUUUCUGCAUGGAUUGCAUUAAACAACGGUAUUUCGACACUCAAAAUGAGGUUAAGAAGGCGUGUCCAGUUUGUCGAGGAACUUGUUCAUGUAAAGAUUGCCGAGCAAGUCAGUGUAAAGACCGUGAAAGUAAGGAUUGUUUGGCUGGUACAAGCAGAGUUGAUAGGAUAUUGCAUUUUCAUUAUUUGGUCUGUAUGCUCCUUCCGGUAAUAAAACAAAUAAGUGAAGACCAGCAUGCAGAGCUAGAAACAGAAGCGAAAAAUAAAGGGGAAAGUAUUUCUGAUAUUAUCAUCAAGCAAAUCGAAUUUGACUGCAAUGAGAUAAUUGACUGCAACUACUGCAAAACACCUAUUCUGAAUCUUCACAGAAGCUGCCUUAACUGUUCCUACAGUCUUUGCUUAAGAUGUUGUCAGACAUUAAGUCAAGGAAGCCCCUUUGAGCAUAUAAAUUCUCCAUUGACCGAGUUACCUGACAAAAUGGACACUUGCAUUGCUGAUGAAAGUUGCCUUUUCGAAGACAAGAGCAUUUCUAGCGACGAUGAAACUGAUACGUCAAUGUUACUGGAUUCGACUGGUUUUAAUGGUACAACUGACAGUAUAUCAUGCCCUCCUUCAGAGCUAGGUGGUUGUGGUAAUGACAACCUUGAUUUGAGAUGUGUUUUUCCCAUAAGCUGGAUUGAAGACAUGGAAGCUAAGGCAGAAGAGAUAGUUUGCAGCUAUGACGUUCCUGAAAUUUUGGAUAAAAACUCAAGUUGCUCACUUUGUAUUGACACAGAUCAUAAAACUAACAGACAUAAGCAAUUUGAAGAAGCUGCUCGAAGAGAAGAUUCUAAUGAUAAUUGCUUAUUUUAUCCUACAGUUUUCAACAUCAAUUGCGAUCAUUUUGAACACUUUCAGAAACACUGGGGAAAAGGCCAUCCUGUAGUAGUCCACGACGUGCUCCGAAGUACGAAAAAACUAAGUUGGGAUCCUCUGGUCUUGUUCUGUGCUUAUCUUGAAAGUAGCAUUGCAAGAUACGAGAAUAAUAAAGACUUACUUGAAGCUUGUUUGGAUUGGUGGGAGGUUGAAAUUAACAUUAGACAGCAUUUUACUGGCUCUCUUAAAUAUCAACCUCGGAAAAAUGAUUGGCAUGAGACACUGAAACUGAAUGGAUGGUUAUCUUCCCAACUAUUCAAAGAACAGUUUCCAGCUCAUUUUGCUGAAGUUAUUGGUGCUCUUCCACUUCAAGAAUACAUGAAUCCGAGGUUCGGUCUUCUGAAUUUAGCUGCAAAUAUUCCAGAGGGGAGAGCAAUACAUGAUAAAGGCCCAUAUGUGCACAUUUCUUAUGGCUGUGCUGACGACAAAGCUUAUUCCGUGCUAAAUCUCUCUUAUGACUCAUAUGAUGUGGUUAAUAUUAUGGUUUAUACCACAGAUGUUCCUGUCUCUACAGAACAUCUUACUAAAAUAACUAAGUUAUUGAAGAAGCACAGAACUCUGUGUCAAAGGGGGUCACCGAAGAUUACUACUGAAAACGCAGAAGACGCGGAACAAAAGGAACCAGAGAGUAUUGUAAACGAAGGAACCGACUUUUACAGGAGAGUCAAUAGAACAUCUUACAUCUCUACUGAAGUGAAAGCAAUAGCUAGUCAAAGUUUAGAGAACAAUACUUCCAGCAAUGGAGAAUGUGGUUCUGGUUCUGAUGCUGAAAAAACAGAAAGCUCUUUACCCUUCCACAAGACAGAUCAAAGCACUGAAAUGUAUUCUGUUGCUCAGUGGGAUGUCUUCCGGAGACAGGAUGUACCGAAGCUUUUAGAAUACGUCAAAAGACACAGGGAUGAAUUUUGUGAUACCAAUGAAUAUGACAGCAAUAAGAUAGUUCACCCAAUUCUAGAUCAGAGAAUCUUUCUAGACAAUACUCACAAAAUGAGACUGAAGGAGGAAUUCGAAAUUGAACCAUGGACGUUUGAGCAAAAUGUUGGAGAAGCUAUCAUCAUUCCUGCUGGAUGUCCAUACCAGAUUAGGAAUUCUAAGUAUUGUGUUCAAGUGGUAUUGGAAUUUAUGUCUUCUGAGAGUGUUGCUGAGUGUAUCCAAUUGACUGAUGAGAUCCAUCUGCUUCCAGAAAACCACAAAGCAAAAGUAGACAAGAUUGAGGUGAAGAAAAUGGCUCUUCAUAGCAUGGAUAUGGCGAUAAAAGAAAUACGCGAGCUCACUUCCAAUCCAAAACAUGAUUUAGCUAAAAUAGAUUCUUAGAUACCUCCAGAACAUGUAUUCCUUUUUUUUUUUUUUUUUUUAUAGAAUUAUUAUCAAAACUCGUAAAGAUCUAGCAAGGUACUUCAAUUGAUUUUUUUACUGUAGAUACUUCAAUUGGUUACUUUCAGAUUCUAUUCUUUUUUUUUU